AUGGAACGCAACGGCUCCCUUUGCAUCCAACGCUGGUCCACCAGACACGUGGCCAAGUGGCUGAAGGAAGAAGGCUUUUGUGAGUAUGUGGACGCUCUGUGCGAUAAGCACCGGCUGGAUGGGAUCACGCUCUUGACUCUGACGGAAUACGACUUGCGCUCCCCGCCCUUGGAAAUCAAGAUUCUGGGAGACAUCAAGCGGCUGAUGCUCUCCAUCCGCAAGCUGCAGAAGCAUCACGUCGACCUUUUGGACGAGCUGGGCUACAGCAGCGAGAGCCCCCUGGGGUCCCUGCCCCCCGUGAUCGGCUGCGUGCAGGGGAGGGAGUGGUUUUGCAACGGCGACGUGCAACGGGACUGCGAUGACUGCGAGCCGGUCUCCGAGCUGAGCGCCGAGCAGUAUCAGUACACCAACGGGAAGGGCAAGCACUCUCCCCGGAGGCUGAACCCCGAGUACUGGAAGACGGCCCUGAGCUGCAUCUACGUCUUCAUUGUCUUCGGCUUCACCUCCUUCGUCAUGGUCAUCGUGCACGAACGAGUGCCCGACAUGCAGACCUACCCACCGCUGCCGGACAUAUUCCUGGACAGCGUCCCGAGGAUCCCCUGGGCUUUUGCCAUGACCGAAGUGUGUGGAGUGAUUCUCUGCUACAUCUGGCUGCUGGUCCUCCUCCUCCACAAGCACAGAUCUAUCCUUUUGCGACGACAAUGCAGCCUGAUGGGAACUGUGUUCUUGUUACGUUGUGUAACCAUGUUUGUGACCUCGCUGUCUGUGCCAGGGCAACAUCUGCAGUGUUCUGGGAAGUUAUAUGGCAACGUGUGGGCAAAACUUCAGCGAGCUUUUGCCAUUUGGAGUGGAUUUGGCAUGACGUUAACUGGCGUGCACACCUGUGGAGACUAUAUGUUCAGUGGCCAUACGGUUGUCCUGACUAUGCUGAACUUUUUUGUCACGGAAUAUACCCCAAGAAGCUGGAACUUUUUGCAUACGUUGUCUUGGGUGCUGAAUCUCUUUGGGAUCUUCUUCAUUUUGGCUGCUCAUGAACAUUACUCCAUUGAUGUCUUCAUCGCCUUCUACAUCACGACAAGACUCUUCCUGUACUAUCACACCCUGGCGAACACCAGGGCCUAUCAGCAGAGCCGGAGAGCCAGGAUCUGGUUCCCCAUGUUCUCCUUUUUUGAGUGCAACGUCAACGGCACAGUUCCCAAUGAAUAUUGCUGGCCCUUUUCAAAGCCGACCAUACUGAAAAGGCUAAUUGGCUAAAGAAUAUUCCAGUUUAAUUCACAUCUCUAUGAAGUACUUGCAACUAACCUUCUUCAAGAAACGCUGGGGCAGGAAGGAUUGUUCUCACCCACCGCAUCUCCUCCGGCCUUGUUCAUCCUCUCCUGGCUGAUAAAGGUUCAGAAGAGACCGAAAACACAUU